CAAUGGUACCCUGCAACAACCCCUGCCGAACAAUAGGCUCGAUACAACCCAAUUCGUCAUCGGUCAGAACCAGAUCAGUGUGCGGGACUGGAUUGAAGGAACCCAGCAUGACACAGACAGUCUCAGUAAGUUUGACAACGAUCACGCUGAUACCCAAAUCGGGGCUCUUGGAACGCGCACCGAAAGGGUUUUUGGUAGACUGGAGCCCGCCCCAAUUUUUGAGUUUAGGGACUUGGGCAGUUCAAAGAGAGAAACAUUCGUCCGUGACGUUGUGGACGCCGAGGGAUGCGUGAUCAAGCUCCAUCUGGCAUCUUAGUAGCUACACCUGGAGUAUGGAGGCGCUUGUCUCGUGUUUCUCGAAUCUCCAAGCACACGAACGGAUGGUUCUCUCGAUACAAAAGCUCCACCACCGUCCGGCUUCUCGCGCCCUCAAAAACAAACCCACCAGGAUGAAUU